UGAAAAAGUGUAACGCCCGGUAACGUUACGAUGAGUCACCGAACGAGAGAGAGGCCCGCCGAAUGCCUUGCGUCUCCCUCCCACUCAACUAUGGUCGGUCUGCCGCGCGCGUAAAAAGACGUUGUCACGUAAAAUCUUCGCCCGUAAAACCGACUUUACAGGCAACCAUUUUUUUAAUCGACAUAGCAAAAGGCGGCAAGACUUUUGUGUACCUAACAUACAGUGCUGUACUCUGACGGGAUAUGUGCAGUAAUACUCCCUAUUGUUUGAAACCAAUCCAGGAUUAUGGGAAGAAACUAAAAAACCGGGAGUGCAAAGUAAACGUUAAUUCAUUUCCACCUCUGUUGCUGCCAUUGCAAUUUUUUGGCAAGAGGAGCUGUCGCUGUCGAACCGGAUAAAUAAGUUUCAAAUUGAAUUGCAUAAAUUUAUAUAAAAUACAAGAACAAUGAGUUCUAAAACACAAGCAUUGAAGAAAAUCAAAUCCCUAUGUUAUCUAACCCUGGGCGGAUCAGUGGCUUACCAGUUCACAUACAUGAAAAAAGAUUUUAAUGGUUACUAUCAAACAUUUCUACAACCUGCUAGUCAGUUUCUAACCCCUGAACUUGCCCAUAAAGUUGGAGUAACGGCUGUAAAGUGUGGUUUCUUUCCACGUGAACAAUACGAUGAUCCACAUGUAUUGACAACAAAAUUUUUGGAUUUUGAACUUAGCAACCCAUUAGGCAUUGCAGCCGGUUUUGAUAAACAUGGAGAUGCAGUUGUUGGUCUGCGAAACAUUGGCUUUUCUAUAGUGGAAAUUGGGUCUGUGACUCCUGAGCCACAAGCUGGAAACCCAAAACCUCGUGUUUUCCGUCUGCCAGAAGAUAGAGCUGUGAUCAACAGAUAUGGUUUCAAUAGUGAAGGUCAUCACAUGGUUUAUAACAAAAUAAAAAACAUUGAUAAAACUAUUUUAACAAAUGGUCUUUUAGGUAUAAACUUGGGAAAGAACAAAGAGUCCAAUGAUGCAAUUCAAGAUUACAUUCUGGGAAUCAAAAAAUUUAAUGAUAUAGCCGACUAUUUUGUUAUAAACAUAAGCAGCCCUAACACUCCAGGCUUGAGAUCUCUACAAGAGAGGGAAGAAUUAGAGAAACUUCUAACUAAAAUUAAUAUUGAGAGAAACUCUAUCCAAGCCAAAACAAAACCUCCAUUACUUUUGAAGUUAGCUCCAGAUCUAACUAAUGAUGAACUGAAAGAUGUUAUAGCUGUUAUCACCAAGAAACAAAGCAAAGUAGAUGGAUUAAUAAUUUCUAAUACAACAAUAGAUAGAUCUUCUUUAGUAAACAAAGAAUUUUCAAAUGAGAUUGGAGGGCUAAGUGGGAAACCCUUGACAAACAAAUCAACAGAAAUGAUCAAACAAGUAUAUACAAUGACAAAAGGCAAAAUCCCAAUCAUUGGUGUUGGAGGAGUUUUCACUGGACAAGAUGCCUAUGAGAAGAUAUUGGCUGGUGCCAAUGCAGUUCAGAUAUACACAUCAUUUAUUUAUGAAGGGCCACCUAUAAUAACAAGGAUAAAAUCUGAUUUGGCCGAGUUACUGCAGAGAGAUGGCUAUAAGUGUGUCAAUGAAGCAAUUGGAAAGGCAGUUAAAUAAAUGAUCUUAACUCAAAGAA